AUGGCAUCUUCAUCAGAAAACUCUGGCUGGGGAUCCCAACAAAAGGACCCCAAACAAGCACUGGCGGAAGACAAGUGGGACGACUGCAUGUCCUGUCGAAUAACCGGCUCUGCUGCAUUCAUCGGCGCCGGCAUUUACAGCUACCACAGCGGGAUGACCAACCUCCGCAAACAAGAGAAGAGCAUCAUGCAGAGCACAUCACAAUUCAAGAUGGGUUCGCGCCGGCUCGGAGUUUCGGCCAUCGCUGGAACCCUCGUCGCCAUGGGCAUCUAUCGAGCAUUCAACUGA